AUGGAGACAAUCCCGAUGAUUUCAAGUGCCAGCACUUCACGUGGCUCUUCUUCCCGCCAGUCAAGUACAGCCACCAGUUCUAGCUCCAGUGCCAACUCUGGUGCCAGGGCACCUCCCACUAGAUCACAAACCAACUGCUGCUUGCCAGAAGGAGCCAUGAAUAACGUCUAUGUAAAUAUGCCCACCAACUACUCAGUGUUGAACUGUCAACAAGCCACACAGCUUGUCCCUCACCAAGGACAAUACCUUCACCCCCAGUUUGUUGGCUAUGCUGUACCUCAUGACUCUGUCCCUAUGACACCUGUUCCCCCUUUUAUGGACGGACUCCAAGGUGGCUACAGACCAAUGCAGUCACCAUACCCUCCUCACACCAAUCCUGAACAGAUGAUGUACCCAGCAGUGACUGUUUAA